GCGCCCCGCGCGCCAAUGGCGACUCGGCAUAAGAUUCCCCGGGAUAAGGACCCGAUCGCGCCCUCCCCCUACUUAAGCGCCGCGAGCUCCCGCUUCACUCCACAGCACCAACGACCACCAGCGCCUCCCACUGCCAGCCUCAGCUCACCCGAAGCAAAGCCAGCUAGCACGCAGCGCGCGAUGGCGGCCGCGACCAUGGCGCUCUCCUCCCCGGCGAUGGCCGGCACCCCGGUGAAGGCCUCCAGGGCGGCGCCCUUCGGCGAGGGCCGCAUCACCAUGCGCAAGACGGCGGGCAAGCCCAAGGUGGCGGCGUCCAGCAGCCCGUGGUACGGCUCCGACCGCGUGCUCUACCUCGGCCCGCUCUCCGGCGACCCCCCGAGCUACCUCACCGGCGAGUUCCCCGGCGACUACGGCUGGGACACCGCGGGGCUGUCGGCCGACCCCGAGACCUUCGCCAAGAACCGGGAGCUGGAGGUCAUCCACUGCCGCUGGGCCAUGCUCGGCGCGCUCGGCUGCGUCUUCCCCGAGCUGCUCGCCCGCAACGGCGUCAAGUUCGGCGAGGCCGUCUGGUUCAAGGCCGGCUCCCAGAUCUUCAGCGAGGGCGGCCUCGACUACCUCGGCAACCCCAGCCUGGUGCACGCGCAGAGCAUCCUCGCCAUCUGGGCCUGCCAGGUGGUGCUCAUGGGCGCCGUGGAGGGCUACCGCGUCGCCGGCGGCCCGCUGGGCGAGAUCGUGGACCCGCUCUACCCCGGCGGCAGCUUCGACCCCCUGGGCCUCGCCGAGGACCCCGAGGCCUUCGCGGAGCUCAAGGUGAAGGAGAUCAAGAACGGCCGCCUCGCCAUGUUCUCCAUGUUCGGCUUCUUCGUGCAGGCCAUCGUCACCGGCAAGGGCCCCCUCGAGAACCUCGCCGACCACCUCGCCGACCCCGUCAACAACAACGCCUGGGCCUUCGCCACCAACUUCGUCCCCGGCAAGUGAGCGCCGUCAGCUCAAGCUCUAGGCCGACAACUUCAUGGCUGAUGGAUGCUGCUGCAUGUGUGUCGUCGUCGAUCUCUGCUUCUUCCCGUUCUGAGAUUGAGUAGUCCGGACUGAUAGAUGUUGCAUGUGAGGGCGAGUCGAGAUGAGGAGUUGGUGUGUGUACACUACAAGAUGGUGUUUGUGUAAUAUCUGGCUAUUUUCUCAGAUUAAUCAAGGCAUCUCUGUUCUUCUGGUUAA